AGAAAACGAAAAAGAAAUCGAAGUGUGCUAAAAGGAAAGGCAUUUUAGAAGAAUUAUCUCGCACGAUUCAAAACCCAUAUUCUUUAGUUUCUUCCUUUCACGCAACGAAUAACCCCUUCACUCAUCAUCCCCAUCAAAAUCCUAACAUUCUGUUUGACAGAUCUUCAUCAUCGUCAUCACCCCAAGAAGAAGAAGAAGAAGAAGAAGAAAGCAAGCUCGCAGUGAAUUGGGAAUAUCUUGUAUUACCCUUUCUUGCUUUCUUCUAUUGCACAGGCUGCUCGGUUUUAUCUUCAUUCAAUACUAGAAAUUACAAAACGAAGGAAAUUGCAUUGUGGGUAUUGAAGCUUUAACUCUAAUCGUGGGUUAUAGAGAAUUUGAAGCCUUUGUUUUUGUAGAGGGGUUGGAAUACGAAGAACCCCAGGUGGGGUUUGUAGCACAUAUUCAUUUCGAGGAUCUUUGAUUCUUUUCAGGGACAUUAACUCGAUUGGAAUUGGUACUUUUUCCAUAGUCUUAUGUCAAUCAAUUCAUGAGUUCUUUGAUUUGAAGUGACAGUUCUUUGGCUUUUAAUUUUGGUACAUUUGAAUCUCGGAGGUCAUAGGUGGAGUUAAUCCGAGUGGUAAUGGUGUAAAGUUAUGUGGGGGAUUGGAAUUUGAUCGAUUUCGAGUUGGAAGAGCUGUUUUUUUUUUUUUUCUUUUCUCUAUGUCUUUUGCUUAACUUUAAUUUGUGUAUCACUAUGUCUGGGGGAACACCCGUGGCGGGUGGUUAUAUGAGGCAGAGGCAUAGCCAGGGAUAUGCUUCUAGUGGUGAUGAUAUUGAGGAUGAUGCAUGUUCGAGGUUUCAAACUAUGUCAUUUCAUACUCCAAAGAGUCGGACGUGGAUUGAAGUUGUAGAGAAUGUCCUUUGGCUUGUUUCUGCUGCUUUCAUUGUAUACUACGGCGAUAGGCAUUCCAAUAUGAUAUAUCUCUUAUGGCAUGAUGGCCGAGUAAGAAGACUUCCAUUAUACCUUGGAAUGGUGGGGAUUGGUUUAAACAUUGUCAUCUUCAUUUACACCAGUAUGUCAGCCUGGAGCAUUAGAAGGUUUGAUGAAAAAUGGGAAUUAGCAAGCUUAUCGGUUUUACCAAUUGUAACACUUCUUGGGCUUAUCUCAUUUUGCUUGUUGUCAUUUGCUCUUUGGCCAAUAUGGGGUUUCCUGACCCUUCCUCUUCUGUUCACAAUGUUCAUGGCAUGCAUGGUUGUAUUUCCCAAUAUUAUGAUCGGGAAAUUUAGGCCUCAGAGUGAUUUUCUCCGUACAGAUUAACGAACUUGAUCAACAUGAUGCAUAGAUGAAAAGAUUGAUUUUAAACCACAGAUUGCUUGAACUGGGUUGAGAUAAGAAGAGAAGGUUCUGAUUUGGAUUGCAUAAUUCAUCCCUAUCAUAACUCUCCAUAAGCCAACUGCCUUCUCCUCAAUCGAUUCAAAUUCAGACAUUGCCAGAAUUCUGGUAUUAGCUAUUUUGGUAUGACCACAACCGGAGCACUAUUCUUAUAUCGUUACAUCUUCCAUUGGUGAAGUACAUUUACUUUGUCAUGUAGUUUAGCUGCCUCAUUUUUUUUCCAUUGGAAAGUAGGCGUGUGGCGUGCCUUAUUAUUCUUGUAGGUGAUUCAUUUCAUUUUAGCAUCUUCUUUUGUGUUUUGUGCUUGUAAGCUAACAUAACUUCACUGGCAUUCUUAGCACAAGGAAAGGGAAAAAGAUGAAGUCUCAUUAGACAAUAUGAAGUGGUUGAGUUUGGUAGGACUGUAAAGUUUUGGGAAAUACUGUUUCAGUGAAGUUAGUUGAAUGAAUGAUCUCUUUAUCAUUUUUA